ACAACAUAGGGUGAACUUGCAAUUAUUGAUAUAGCCGAUGGAUAAUGCAUACGUAAUACACGCAGAUUAAGAUCGUAUAAGGUUGUUUGUUUCAUUUCUGAUAAUUUUACUGCAUUAAAAUAGAUUAAUUAUAUAAUUUAAUAUUAGGGCUGGGAUUAUUAAUUAUUAAGAAAACUUGUUCUUUUAUAAAAAUUUUAGCUUAUUUUUAUUAAAAAAGCAUUAAAGACUGGAUUUUAACUCUGUUUUUGCCCUUCCACUUAAGUCUUCUGAUUUUAUAACUGCUAUCUCACAGGAAUACCAUUCAGCUCGGCCUUAUAAACACUCUGUAUUAACUGGUAUUAUAUGUGAAAAUUUGUUAAGAAAAAUUCGUCAUGAAAUUAUUGAAAAUCUUGCCUUUUCUGAGAAAGAAACAGACAUUUAUAAGGUCUUCCAGACUGGUGAUCUGGAAAAUCUUUCAGGUCUUAAUGAAAAUGAACGUAAUAAGCUCUGUUCAUUAAUAGAAUUAAGAAAUGCUUUAUAUUCUUAUGAAUUUCGUUAUUUUAUUUCUAAAGUUACAGGCUGUGGUUAUUUAUCAGGUAAAAAGAUUGAUAUAUCAGUGAAUAUGUACGGCCAAGGAGGACAUUUGCUUAAUCAUGAUGAUGUGAUUGGUAGUCGUGAGGUUUCAUUUAUUUUAUAUCUUAUAGAUCCGGAUGAGACAUGGUUACCAUCAUAUGGAGGAGCAUUGAGAUUAUAUCCUACUGUUAGGCCAUGUUUUCCUGAAUCUGAGCAUGAAAAAGCUAUUUUUCCUGUAUGGAAUCAACUUUGUUUUUUUCAAGUUCAACCAGGACGUUCAUUCCAUGAUGUGGAAGAAGUGUAUGAAAAGGAUAAAUGGAGGCUCAGUAUUUCAGGAUGGUUUCAUAGGCCUCAACCUGGAGAAGAAGGAUGGAAAGAAUCGGAAAAAUCAGAGGAAAAAGUAUUGAGUACUUUACAAAAUCUUCAUUCAAAUAUACAAGAUUACGAUGAGCCUCGAAUGGAACCUAGAAUAUGUUCAAUUACUUUUAAUGAUGAAUUUAACGAGUUUUUGAAGGGACAUCUUGUAUAUUUAAAAGAUUGGAUAAAUCCUGUCUAUCUUAAUUAUGAAAAAAUGAUACAGCUAAGAGAGACUUUUUUGGAUAAUUCUGUUCUUGAAUUACCUGAUUUUCUUGAAUCUACGGUUUCCAGUCGUAUAAAAGACUGGAUCAUUGAUAUAGAAAAAUCAAGUUCAACUCAUUUAUCAUUGGAUACUUCUUCCCCUUGGAAACUUGCAAAACCUCUUCACAAACAUCGUUAUUUAUAUAUCGACACUCCUGAUUCUUCUUUUAACUCGCCUCUUAUCUCUCUUUUACAAAAUCUUUUCAAUCAUCCUUCUUUUCAUCAAUGGAUUCAUUUUUGCACCACUUUAACUCCUUCAACUUUUACUUCACUUAUUCGUCGCUUUCGUCCUGGUCUAGAUUACACUCUUGCAAUUCCUCAGACCUCUUCUACACAUAUUCUUGAUCUUAUUCUUUCUUUAACUCCUUCUGGACACUGGAAUCACGGUCAAAAUGGCGGUUACUGUUUAUAUAUGGAACCUAACACUAUCACACACUCUACUCUCCUCUAUUCUACUCCUUCUUGGAAUAAUCUUCACCUUAUUUUAAGAGAUCCUGGCGUUCUUCAUUUCAUCAAAUACGUUUCUCUUUAUUCAAACUUCUCUCGUUGGGAUAUCCUUUCAAAUAUGUAUUUUAUCACUUCAUAACACUUCAACGUCAACAUCUAUCACUCUUAAAACCCUCUUUGCUG